ACCGGAAACUGAAUGUUUCAUAUACAUAUUGAUAAAGUUUAGCAUAUUCCUGCUUGAUGUCCAUGGCACAUGGUAUUGGCCAAGUUGUGCGUGAUGCCAUUCAUCCAGCAGAUGUUUUACAGAAACUUACAACGGGAGAAAAUAAAAGAGGAAGACCAUUCUUAGCAAAUUAUGAUACAAUAACACUAUUCAAUGAUACUGGCUUCGUCGGGCCCCAAGGGCCAAUUCUGUUCAAUAAAGAAGGCGAUAUUAUGAUAGGAAACUUUAAUAUCUUUAACUUACAAAACGGCACACAAGUCUCCAUUGGAAGUGUUGUGGGUGGGAAAUUUGAAUUAUCCACAAGUCCUGUUUAUUACGAUGGUACCAAUACACCACCAUUGGGCCAACCACCUAUCACAGUGCUCGAAGCGGGAUUAUCCACGCCAAUUGCUAAAACGACGGCGACAAUAACUAUCAUCAGCUUAUUGGCUGCCUUCUUCAUUUUAUUCACUAUUGUUCUAAAACGGCAUCAUCUCGUUUUUAAAUAUGCUAGUGUAUCCUUUUGUAUAAUAGAAUUAUUCGGCUUUAUUUUAUCUUAUUUAUCUAUACUACUCAUAUUCAAAAGUAGUAUGUGCUUAGUAACAUGCUAUCUGCUUCCUAUUUUCUUUUAUUUAGCUUAUUCCAUAAUUAUCUGUACCAUGCUAGCGCGAAAUUAUCAGGUUUACAAAACGAUGAAUAAUAUCUUUGCAAAUGGUGUUUGUAUGACAGAUGCUGAGUUACUUAGAUUGAUAUCUUACGUAUUUUUGUUAAAUUCUACUGUAUUAGUUUUAUGGCUACUCUCAACAACAGUCGAAUUGUCAGAGGUCUCUGUUUCUUCUACUAAUACAAUAUUUAUCAAAACAUGCAACUAUUAUCACGACCCCAACAGUCUAGAGGGUGAAAGACAACACCAAAACUAUUUUAACCAUUCGUUUUUCGUGGUUAUUAUGUCUAUAAUAGCUGGUAUCGAACUCGGUAUGUGCGUAUUUAUGACCAUGAGAACCAAAACUUUCGGGGGCUAUUCCAAGUACAGCGAGCAUAAACAAUUGGGACUCUCAGUGUAUAACGUAUUCUUUUCGGCUAUGAUUGGUUUCAUCAUUUUCUUCAUGCCUACGAACGACUUUUAUACUCGUCAUUACGUGACGGCCAUGACUAUCCUUUGGGCGACGACGUUCUCAAUGAUCAUCUUAUUCUUUCCAAAGAUAUACAAGUUAUUGAAAAGCUACAAGGAUAAUAGCAGCCAAAAUAACAAAGUCCAUCAGUAUCAGUUAACAGGAAAAGAACACGGACGAGACUCGGUGCACGAUAAAAGAUAUAGCAACGGAAAACAUACAACACAGAAGGACGUUGAUAAAACUCUGAUGACAAUGAAUCAAUUUUUGGCCAUUGACCACCUUUUCCUUCCAAUUGAUCGGAAAGAGCAUAAACUAGAUAAUUUCGAGUACGAAAAUAAUAAUGUAACCAUUGAUGAUGAUACGGCUGCGCGAUCAGUAACAAUGGUUGGUAGCAGUUGCAGUUCUAUCAACGUAAAAGAAUACGAAACAGAAGAUACUCAGUCAAUAGCAGAAACAAUUAAUUAUCAGAAUGCAGGGAGGAAAUUACACGUAAUUUCGUUCGAGGAUGUCUUACCCGUACAGUGCGUCUUUAAAUUGUUUCCUUCCCUUUUGGCAAGAUGGGAAAUGCGGAGAAUCGUUCUCUAUCCUCAGCUUCGUUCAUUUCUUUAUUAUUCUUCGGUAGGUUGAACAGUCUAUGCACUAUGCGUACUACAGAG